AUGAUCAACCUGGAGAAAACCAGUCGAGGUACCUGCAAGGACAGCCUCAUUACGGAAGCCGACGGCGGAGCUGGAAAUGGAAACGGAGACGAUUCUAAAGAUGAAGAUGAAGCUGGAGAUGGAGCAGUGAAACGGAGAACAGAAAAGAGAGAAGCGGUACUGAGACUCAGACGUAGGACAAUGAGGACACCGGCAACGGCAACGGCGACAGGAAGUAAAGUUGUCAAAACUGGCUUCCCAUUUUGCCCCUGCCCCAGAAACCAGAACCAGAACCAUAACCAGAACCAGAAGCAAAUGAAAGGUGCGGCUGCACUCCGAGUUGAAAGGAAUCUAGAACGGGUAAUGGAAGGAGAAGAGCGAAGGUACUCGGCGCUUCUUCUGUUUAAAAACAGGGGCUGA